AUGGAGAGCAUUAGCAAUAUUCCAGAGUUGACGCUACCAAGUAGUAUUGAAAGCCCUGAUAAAUGUAAGAUUCCAGUACUAGGUUUAGGAACAGCUGCAUACCCUUUUGUUGCUUCCCAAACAGCCAAAGAAGCCGUUCUCACUGCAAUCCAAGUCGGGUACAGACAUUUCGAUACCGCCGCUGUUUACCAGACGGAGCCAGUUCUCGGUGAAGCCAUCGCCAAAGCUCUUUCCCUCGGCUUCGUCAAAUCCCGGGAUGAGCUUUUUGUUACUUCCAAGCUUUGGUGCCCGGAUGCACAUCCUCACCUCGUUCUGCCUGCCAUUCAUAAGACGCUCAAGAACCUAGGAUUGGAAUAUCUAGAUCUGUAUCUCAUUCACUAUCCCGUGAGUUUGGAGCCAGGAAGCUAUGACAUACCUGUCAAGAAAGAGCAUCUUCUUCCUAUGGACUUCAAGUCUGUGUGGGAAGCCAUGGAAGAGUGCCAGAAGCAAGGCCUCACCAAGUCCAUAGGAGUCAGCAACUUCUCAUGCGAAAAGAUUGAAACGUUGCUUGCCACUGCGAAAAUCCCUCCUGCAGUAAACCAAGUGGAGAUGAACCCGCUAUGGCAGCAGAAAAAACUGAGAGAGUUUUGUCGAAGGAAAGGUAUAAUCAUCACUGCCUACUCCCCUCUGGGAGCAAAAGGGACACCGUGGGGAUCAAAUGGAGUUAUCGAAUGCGAGUCUCUCAAACAGAUUGCUGAGGCAAAAGGAAAAACUAUUGCUCAGGUUUGUUUGAGAUGGGCAUACGAACAAGGGGUGAGUGUGGUGGUCAAGAGCUUUAACAAGGAGAGGAUUAAGGAAAAUAUGGACAUAUUUGGAUGGGAACUUCUCCCGGAGGAGCUGGACAAGAUCAAUCAGAUUCCACAGAAGAGAGGAUGCCCUUCAUCCGACUUCGUUUCAGAGCAUUAUGGCCCUUUCAAGUCUCUUGAAGAGCUUUGGGAUGGAGAGAUUUAAGAAAUCAUUAUAAUAUUCAGGUCAAUCCAUGAUCGAGAUUUAUUAGUUGAUGCAACAAUAAUAUAUGCCAGAAUUAACUUGCUUUUGGCUGUUGAUCAGAUCAACUUUGGUUCGAUAAUGCUCGAAGCAACAAGUAUUAAUUUUGAAUUUCACUUUAGACUA